UGACACUCGGACUGACAGCAGAGCCGCGGUCUGGAUCGGUUUCCGUCUCAAGAUCCAAUAAAAUAGUUUCUUCAUAAUUCUAACAACACGGCAGAGUCUUGAGCGUACACAGGGUGUCAACAUGUCGACUGACAACUAUCUGCCAACUGAAGAGCAGCUUACGUGCUGCAUCUGCCUGGAAGUGUUCAACGAUCCAGUCACGUUACCAUGUGGACACAACUUCUGCAAAAAAUGCAUCACACACCACUUGAGUUCUAACUCCCAGCACCAGUGUCCUUUGUGUAAAGAGCGUGUUGAUAGAAAAUAUAAGCUUCGGGUCAACACUAUCAUAGCUGAGAUGGUUCUUAUGUACAGAAUGUCAGCUGGAAGGAGAGACAGAAGGAGCUCAGAGCAACAAGUUGCUGAACCCGGAGAAGUUUCCUGUGACAUUCCUACUGAAACUAAGCAGACUACCCUGAAGUUCAACAUUUUCUUAGUAGUAGGCCUGGCAUGUCUGACCAUCUACAUUACAAUCUACCUUGAGCUUCAUAAAACGGUGUCAAGCCCGAUAACUCCUCAGCUGUGUGAUGUGGUCGAGAACGUGGCGGGCAGCCUGUGUCCUAAGCAUGGCAAACCUCUGGAGCUCUACUGCAAGAACGAACAAAUGCCCAUAUGUCAGUCCUGCGCUGAAUCAAGUCACAGAUCUCACGACAUUGUUCCUCUGAAAGAAGAAUAUGAAGUAAAGAUGAAAGAGCUUCAGAAAACAGAGGCUGAAAUUCAGCAGAAGAUCCAGGAGCGACAGCUGAAAAUACAGGAGGUCAAACAUUGGGUUUGGGUUAGCAAGGAAGCUGCAGACAGAGAGAUGGCUGAUGGUGCUCAAGUCUUCACCGCUUUGAUACAGACUUUGGAAAAAUAUCAUGCCAAGUUCAUCGGGAUGAUUGAAGCGAAGCACAAAAUGACUGAGAAGCAGGUCAAAUGUUUCACCGAAGAGCUGGAGCAGGAACUCUCUGAGCUGAUGGAGAGGCGGACUGAGGUGGAGCAGCUCUCACGCUCAAAAGACCACCUCCACUUCUUCCAGAGCUACCCAUUCUUUAAGACUGCUCCUCUCGCCGGCGACUUGCCAGAUGUCAACAUUUCUUCAGUGUCUUAUGAAGGACUCCUGAGGACAGCUGUAGGGACUGCAGUGUUUCAGCUGAUUGAGACAGACAAAAAUGAGAUGGAGAAGCUACAGGAAGCUGAGCCGUUGAACCUCUGGGGGAAUGAAUUGGAUGUGACUCUGGAUCCUGAUACAGCAAAUCCUUAUCUCAUCCUGUCUGAUGAUGGGAGACAAGUACAUUAUAGUGCUGUGAGGAAUAAAGUACCAGACAACUCAAAGCGAUUUGAUACUUCACUUUUUGUCUUGGGAAAGCAGAGUUUCUCUUUUGGGAGAUUUUACUAUGAUGUUCAAGUUAAAGGAAAGACUGGGUGGGUUAUAGGAGUGGCCAAAGAGUCCGUCAACAGGAAGGGAAAACUUCAAUUAAACCCUGAACAUGGCAUCUGGGCUUUACAACAUUGGCAGGGAGACCAGUACAUUGGACGUACUAGCAAGUCUGUCCGUCUCUCUGUGAAUGAUCAGAUUGAGAACGUGAGAGUGUUCGUGGAUUAUGAGAAGGGUCUGGUCUCCUUCUAUAAUGGAGAUUCAGCAGCUCUUAUAUUCUCCUUCACUGGCUGCUCCUUCACUGAGAAACUCCACCCAAUCUUCUGCCCCUCUUUUGAGAACUCCCUCCCUCUGAUUAUGUCCCCUGCUGUCAGAUUUAACUAAUCACUGCUUUUGCAAAAACCUGCGAUGUUUUCAACACAGUCUCACAGAAAUUUGUGAAAUAGUCAUGAAAUGCAAUCGUGUACAUGGACACCAAUUGUUCAUUUUUUCUGUGUUCCUCGGCAUAACUUUUGUAUCUGGACAACAUUACGUUAAAAAAGCAAAGGACUUUCUUGCCAUUAUUGUCAUCCUGAAUGACACAACAGACAAUUCAUGUCCUGUUCACGAAACCAAUAGAUUGUGAUUCGUGACUAUUUCACGACCUGCCAUGAUACUGGGCGGAAGUUAUAUACUCAUGGCUGCAACGUAUUUAUUGUUAGGUUGUUUCAACAGUGUCAUUAGGUUCAUGUAGAUAAUAGACAACUAAUUCCAGGUAAAUUCUAUGGCAGGGGUGUUUAAUUAAAAUGAUUUCCUCAACAUCCAGAACAUCAUAAUGUCUAACUUGCGUUAUUAUUCAAUGCCUUGUAGCGGCUUAGAUUUUCUGUGAUAUGGUUGCUAUAUACAGAUGCUGCAGCCCAACUCUACAGCUUCUAUUUAAACAUAUUGUGAGGUUCUUUUAACUGAACCAGUCUCAGUUUAAUCCUGAUUCUCUAUCAGACCUCCAUCAGUAAAGAGAC